UACAAUCAGAAACGGAGAGCGUGGGGGGCAGUGGUCCCAUUGGCCACCUGCCUCACAUGCUCACAAAACCUUGUAAACGCGCAGGUGCCUUUUCAACCAAUGGUGUUUAAAUCUUUCCGGAGAUAAAAUAGGCGGUGUGGACGGAGAGGAUUUCAUCACAAGUGACCAGGGACCUUGAGAGUCACGCAGCGAAUAGUAACCAUGCCGAGGUCAUUUUUGGUGAAGAGUAAACGGGCACAUAGCUACCACCAACCCCGAUACCUGGAUGAUGAGUACAUAAGACUGGAUACUAAUGUAUCCCUUAUAUGCGCAGAGCGCAAACCGCAGGCUGAGGGGAGCUGUGACGCCCAGGAUGCUCAUAACCAUGGCAAGCUCUCCCCCGAAUCCUAUCUAGUGCGCACGGCUGACAUGUUCUCCACCUCCCCGCUGAGCUGCGAGGGCAACGUGUGCGACCGCUUCCCGGACUAUGACUGCUACUGGCGCCCUCCAUCUCCAUCUGCAUCACAAGAUUCGGAACAAUGUUUCACUCCGUCACUAGACAACGCUCACCCUUUCGCCAUUCCAUUCCGCCCUUAUGCCUGGACUACCUACUCUGGCUCCAAGCUCAGGCACCUUGUGCAGCGAACAUACCAACACAAUCUCUCCACAACUCUGGAGCCUGACACACAGAUGGGUAUCGAUGGAUCCGAGGAUGGUGCCUCCAAAUCCCCUAUUUACGCACAGCGGGGCCCGCACACAGGAUUUUACCGGGACUUUGGGUCUACGGUGUUCCCUACCUAUAAAAUGUGGGACGCCGACCAAUUAUACUCGGACCUCAAGGUCUCUGAAAUCAAGUCUAAAUCCGAUCUCAUCUGUUCCCGUAUAGAACCAAGCAGAUCGUACAAAUGCAUCAAGUGUUGCAAGGUCUUCUCGACACCGCACGGUUUGGAAGUUCACGCCCGUCGGUCGCACAGCGGAGCACGACCAUUCACCUGUGGAAUGUGUUGGAAAACAUUUGGGCACGCAGUGAGCUUGGAACAACAUAAAGCCGUUCACUCACAGGAGAGGAGCUUCGACUGCAAAAUCUGUUGCAAAAGCUUCAAGCGAUCGUCCACGCUGUCCACGCACCUGCUCAUCCACUCGGACACGCGCCCAUACCCCUGUCAGUACUGCGGUAAGAGAUUCCAUCAGAAGUCGGACAUGAAGAAACACACCUUCAUCCAUACAGGUGAGAAACCGCACAAGUGCCAGGUAUGCGGGAAGGCCUUCAGUCAGAGCUCCAACCUCAUCACGCACACACGCAAGCACACGGGCUAUAAACCGUUCUGCUGCGACCUCUGCGUCAAGGGAUUCCAACGGAAAGUGGAUCUGAGGAGGCACAAGGAUACACAACAUGGAUUUAAAUGAAAAACUGUGAACAGCAAAAAUUGUGCUGGAGGAUUGAGAAGAAAAUAGCUAAUAUGGAAGUAAAUAUGUCAAAUUUCAGAGGAAGGAUGUCACGCCCUGACCUGAGAGAGACGUUUUAUUUCUCUAUUUUGUUAGGUCAGGGUGUGGGGUGGGGAUUCUAUGUGUUAUAUUUCUAUGUUGUCUUUUUCUUUGAUUGGCCUAGUAUGGUUUCUAAUCAGAGGCAGCUGUCUAUCGUUGUCUCUGAUUGGGAAUCCUACUUAGGCAGCCCUUUUCCCCUCCUUCAGUGUGGGAUCUUGUUUUUGUACAGCUUAGUAUAGCCUGCAGAACGUGACGUUCGUUUUCCAUUGUUUUGAUUUAGUGUUCUGAGUUAAAAUAAAUUUUGAACAUAAGCACUCACCACGCUGCACCUUGGUCUCCUCAUUACGACGGUCGUCACAGAAGAUCCCAACACAAUAAGACCAAGCAGCGUGGUAUGGACCAGUGGACAUGGGAGGAGAUUCUGGACAGGAAAGGACCCUGGAGUCAGGCUGGGG